AUGGCUCGGUGGCUCCUUCUGUCAGUUGCGUUACAGGCGCAAGGCUUUUACCUACCUGGAGUGGCUCCAACCGAAUAUUUGGAUGGGGAUCGCGUAGAUCUCAAAGUGAACAAGCUGACGUCGGUUAAGACCCAGCUUCCGUACAGAUACUACGUGCUUCCGUACUGUAUUCCCAAGGAAAUCCAUGUGGCUGCAGAGAAUUUGGGCGAAAUCCUGCUCGGUGAUUCAAUUGAGAACUCACUCUAUGACGUGAGGAUGAAGGUCAACGUCUCGUGUGCAAUGCUUUGUGAAAAGAUGCUGGGCGAAGAGGAAAAAGGCGCAUUCAAGCGCAUGAUCGAUCAUGAGUACCAGGUGAACUGGCUAGUGGACAACUUACCUGGUACCAUGAAGUACCAGAAGACGAGCACCGGCGCCACGUCGUACACCAACGGCUUUCCUGUUGGGCUGAAGGUCGAUGGCAGCUAUUUCGUCCACAACCACGUCCAGAUCGGGUUGUACUACCACUCCAACUCUGAAGAGUUUGAGGGCAGCAGGGUCGUUGGAUUUGAGGUAUUUCCAUUGAGUCUGCAGCAAGAGAAGAGGGGAGAUGGUAAACUGACUUGUGGUGACUUGGAUGAUCCCGUUCCACGCUUCGACUUGACAAAGGAGGUUAGCGUCAUCUACAGCUAUGAUGUUGUUUGGAUUCCGAGUCCAAUUCGUUGGGCAUCGCGAUGGGACAGCUACCUGAAGAUGCAUGAGGGUCAGAUUCAUUGGUUCUCCAUCAUCAACUCUCUGAUGAUAGUUCUCUUCCUUUCUGGCAUGGUGGCCAUGAUACUGUUGAGGACACUUCAUCGUGACAUAGCCAAAUACAACGACAUGGAAGCCGACGACCAGGGCGAGGAGACUGGUUGGAAGCUGGUUCAUGGAGAUGUGUUCAGAAAGCCGCCUCACUCGAAGGCACUAGCUGUGUCCGUCGGCUCGGGCGUCCAGCUCCUGGUUUGCUCUUGCGUGACACUGGUCUUCUCAGCUGUGGGUUUCUUGUCACCUGUUCAUCGUGGCUCCAUCCUCCAGGGGAUGUUGCUGCUUUUCACCUUCGCUGGUAUACUGGCAGGUUACACUUCGGCUCGCUUCUACAAGAUGUGGAAGGGCGAGGACUGGAAGAAGACGACCCUCCUCACAGCUUUGUUGUACCCAGGGACCGUCUUCAGUAUAUUCUUUGUGCUGGAUCUCUUCAUAUGGGGAACGCGAUCGUCCGGGGCCGUUCCCUUCACGACCAUGUUUGCCCUUCUGGUGCUAUGGUUUGGGAUUUCCGUGCCCUUGGUCUUCCUGGGAGCUUUUUUCGGCUACAAGAAGGCGCCCAUCUCGCUGCCCGUGCGGACGAACCAAAUCCCACGGCAGAUCCCUGUUCAACCCUGGUACAUCACUGGUGUAUUCUCCUGCCUGAUCGGCGGCGUGCUCCCGUUCGCUGGUGUCUUUACUGAGCUCUUCUUCAUCAUGUCCUCCAUCUGGCAGCACCAGUUUUACUAUCUCUUCGGCUUUCUCAUGCUGGUCCUGGUCAUCUUGAUCGUAACGUGCGCGGAGAUUUCCAUCACGCUCGUUUAUUUUCAGUUGACAAACGAGGCUCUCUAA